AUGUCUGUCUCUUCUAUUUCGCGGGACACUGCCUUCCAGGCGCGGUCUCUGUUUCGAUCUUUGCUUCGUCAGUCUUCUCAGUUCUCGAACUACAACUUCCGCGAGUACGCACUUCGGCGGACAAAGGAUGGUUUCCGGGAGCACCAAAAUGAGACUGAGCCGCGGAGGGUACAAGAGUUGAUCCAGGAUGGUCUACAGAAUUUGCGAAUGAUGAAGAGACAAACUGUUAUCAGCCAGUUCUAUCAAUUGGAUAAAUUGGUUGUGGAGGGCCAAAAGACGGUAAGAAUCGCAUUCAAUGAAGUCUCUCAUGAAUCUAAUCCUGAUAUCUUGGAAAAGGGAAAGGAAAGUGGACAAGAAGGUGGCAUCGUCCGUCAGAAGGACACCGGUCGAAGAAUUACAUACAAAACCAAGUCUAAAUUAUACAGAGUCGUUCGUAUGAAUUCUCGCCCUCGUGCCGAUAAAGAUCACGUGCCGAGAGACCCGCGCAUGGCACCUCAGGGUGUAUCCGCUAAUUGUUGUUCUUGGUCUCACCUUUUCUAUUCAAUUCUACUUUCAUCGGACGUGAAUUGGGAGACGGUGGGCCUCACCGGUCGCGCGCCAUGCCCCCGACAGUCGUCGCGUUCUGGGCGCCAAUUCGGCGAUGGUGUCAAUCGCACCAGAACCGGCCAGAUUGACCACGAUGUCUUCGAAGGACUACCCAUUCGGCGAUGGACGCGCCAGGUCCAAACAGUAUCGCAGGAGCCGAAAACCGAAGGCACAGAAUCGGAAAUACCUGGGCACAGCGGAAAACAAACUAUUCCUGAGCACCCAAUGCCUAGAGAUAGUCAUCUCCUAAGUCCAAUGAGCCGGGCGCUCUUACGCGCCGCUCGUUCUGGAUGCAUAUACAUUCGCCCAGCUUCGAAGGACCUUGAUGACGAGGAAAAGGAGGCGACAGAUCCGGAAGAACAGCAAUCGCAGCAGAAUUUGGAGCGCAAUUUUGCGAUGCGCAAGUGGGCCACAGUCCCUAAGCACCUGGAAGCGCCAGAAUUGGAAUUCCUAGCAAAGAGGCGACCGGGUUUGCCGUCUCUAUAUGGUGCUACGGCUGGGGCUGUUGACGGCGCCAAUGGAUCAGUGCCAAUGAGGAAAACCCGCUUCAAGAAGGUUGACCCUGCGACAGGCAAUGUUUCAAUUUACGCGGCCUGGGUUCCUGAAGGGCAUAAGAUCGAAGGCGAAAUCACCGACGAUAGUCAAGUAACUGCCGACGACAAUCAAGCGACCGUGACUCCCGAGGCGCCGGCUCCAGGGACGGUCAUUGAAGGGGUCGGCGUUGUCAAUGCGCAGGGUGUAGUGGUUGCAGAGGCAGGCUCGGCGGCCGUUCUUACUCCGCCAAGACGACGGCCUCCGCCUCCGAAGCGCAAGGCCAAAGGCUUAAAGGGUAGGAGAAAGAAGGUCAUGUUUGCUCCGGGGGAAGGAGCGGACGCAUCGCUUGUUCAUGGCGCUGGUGCGGGCGCUACCGAUAACGCUGCAAACUACGGGAAGGAGACAGAUCCGUCGCGAUUGUCAGUAGACCAAACAACUCAGGAUGAGGACGAUGAUGAGGGCGAGGAAGGUGAAGAGAGCGAUGAUGGAGAAGGAGACGAGUCUGGCGUGGAAGCCAAAACUCCAGAGACACCUGGUCCACAACCUAGCACAGAGCCUGAACCGGAGCAGGCAUCUACUCCUAUGCCUAUUAAGGUAGAGACACCCACAGAAUCGCAGGCAUCCCAUCCGCCGAAGCCCGAGUCGGAGUCAGAGCCACAGCCAGGUGUAGAAGCCCCACCAUCUGCAGCUCCCUCAGAGAACGCUCCAGCUGGAUCACCUGGCUCGACGAAUUCUACACCCUCGGAUCAACAUACUGGACCACCGGCCACUGAAGCUAAGACAGAAGAUAUUGAAAUGGCAGAUUCCAUGCCUACAGAUAACGCCCUUCGCUCCUCUUCGAUACCAGCCACGGAAACGCGCUCAGAAACACAACAACAAACAAUGCCAGACGCUGCUCAACCUGCGUCUACGGGAAGGGCUCCGUCGCCUUCUCAAGGAGCUAAACAAUCCCCGGCCCCGGAACCUGCCACAGCUGAAACGACUGGUGAGCAGACAGGGGAGCGAAUGGAUGUGACUAUGGCUGAACCAGAUGAAUCGGGUCCUGAGCCCCCUCGAGAUCAGCCAGUGAGCAUGGAUAUUUCAGCGGAAGCGCCACAACCCCCAUUGGCAGGUCAAGCUCAAGAACCGGAUUCCACUCCUCAGCAGUCGGGCAGUAACGAGUUUGAUCUCUUGGAUAACUUGGAAGCGAGUCUGGAAAACGCACCCAAGGACACGCCAGUUGGCGAGCAAAAAGAAACAACCCUGGAACAAGAGCCGGGCGAUGUUGCCAGUCAACAGGCAGCAUCAGAGCCUGAGCUAACAGUCCCGGCACAACCACCCGUGGAGGCGCCAGCGGAGCCCAAGCCUGCAGAAACUACUACAGAAACAAACAAUCCUACUCCCAAGGAACCCACGGCGCCUCCUAUUGAACAACUUACACCGCCAGAAGCAGAACAGACAGCUACUGCGGGAGCCACAGAAACCUCCGCGGCGCAACAAGCACAACCUUCUACUGAACAUCGACAAUCAGAGGAUGUACCCGAAGCACCCACUCUCCCGGACCGUCCCCCCUCAAACGAGCCCGCAGUAGAAACCGAAACUGCUCAACCUAUAACAGAACAGUCGGAGCAGAACCCCCAAGAACCGGCCCCAGAGCAGACACCAUCAGAAAAUCCUUCUCUGCUUGAAGCCACAACAGAACCACCCGUCGCCCAAGACCGACCUCAAGAAUCGUCUACUGAACCUGCGGCAGAGGUACAGGUAGAUGUGCAAGCUACCUCAGACCAGGAACAACAGAAGGCAGCUAAUUCCCAAUCAACGGCUCAGCCUCCAGUGGCACCCGUUGCAGAAACUGUAGCAGAGCCCACACCAGAAACUGCCCCAGAAACUGCACCAGAACAUACGUCUGAACAACCACAAACUUCUGCCCAAGAACCUCCCCAAGAACCAGUUCACUCUCAAGCUGAAAUUCCCGCCGUCUCAUCUGCUGAGCCUUCGGCGGAACAACAGGAUGAAGCCCCUACAGGGGUGGUAGGAGAACAAGAAGAGGCCCCUGGCAAUGCACCAUCACCAACCCAGUAA